AUGUCAUCCCCAGCAGUCCAGCUCUCAUUCACCCUCCGCACGUCUCCCAACGUCCGGACUGUCCAUCUCCUUGGCUCAUGGGACAACUACAAGUCACAACUCCCAUUGUCCUUGGUCAAAGACAGCUCAGCUAAGCCCGGAUCCUGGAAGGGAACGUUCCGUUUCCAAGGCUCGAACGGCCUCAAGCUCGGCUCUCGCUACUGGUACUACUACAUCGUCGAUGGCUACCAUGUCUCUCACGACCCGGCCAAGGAAUUCGUCACCGAGAAGACCACUGGUCGCAAGCUCAACAUCAUCGACGUUCCGGGAGGUGACAAGGAUGGCGGCAAAGCGCAACGCCCCACCGUCACCACGUCUAGCCUCCCUGGCAGCCGUCAUAGCCGCGAAAUCCCACAAGGUCGAGCCCUGAGCCCCGGCAAGAUCCAGCAUCCCAAGCCCAGCAAGCCGUACGCGUCCCGCCAGUUGCGCGAAGCCGACUACGAGACUUCUCCAGUCGACGAUCUCGAAGAACGCUUCGCCGGCUACCGCAUCAGUGAUCCUUCGUCGGCCUCGCCAUCCGAGUUGUCAGAUGACAGCUCGUCAAGCGGUACAGCCUUCUCGCGCUCGUCACCAUCAAGCAUGUCCAGCGUCAGCGACCAUAGCUGCCGCUGUGAGCGCUAUGGUGUGACACGGUCGGGCCAGCGCGUCAAACUCGACUGCGGCGGCAAGCGUUGCGGAGCCUGGAGUUCCAGCUCGUCCGAGUGCGACUCUCACGAAUCUGAGGAGGAAUCCAGUGCGGACGAACGCGAAUACCGCGCCCGCCAACGCCGUGAGGCAGACAAACGAGGUACUGCUGCUAUCAAGGGACAUAGUGGGGGUGAGGAGAGGAGGAGAGUAGUGGUGAUAGACAAGAGACGGAGAUAG